AUGCCGCCACCCAGAAAUGCGCCUACGCGUGCAGCACAGCGCCGCGGUUCGCACCAAGAUGACACGCCUACCCGAACCCGUGGUCGGGGAGCAAAACCAGCCCCAUCAAAGUCAGAUACCUCGGACAUGGUCGCCUCAAAGUCAAGUCCUACCAAACUAAGUCCUACCAUUACGAGGAAAACAACCCGUUCCGCCUCUAACAUAUCCGGAAAUUCCUUUGAGGCUGCACCUGAAAUAUAUGCCUCAUAUGAGCAUCCGCUUUUCAUGGUUUUUGGCUUAUCGGCCGAGUUUUUCAAUGGCCUCAAGAAGCAUCACGGGAAACUUCCAAAAGAACGGAAAUCCAUUGUGGGCUCGCUCCUAGAAGCCUCGCCUUCUCCAGAUGAAGAUGGUUCCGAAUCGGAAGAAGAGAGCACCGAAGAAAGUGAGAUUGAAAUGCCGGUUGCGCCCCAACCCGCGCCAAGAGGUCGCGGUCGCGGUGGUCGAGGCUCACGUGGAGGACGCGGCCGAGGCGGUCGGGGCAGAGGCAGCAGAGGUGGUCGCGGGAGAGGAGGCAUUGCAAAGUCUGCUUCAUAUGCGCCGUCGAGAACAGCUCGAAGUACUGGUUCCGUGUAUCCUUUUACUGAAGAUGGCGAUGGCCAACCCUCCAAUCAGAGCACUCCAAACCAUGGCGCCAAGCCACCAUCGCGAGCAUUCAGUGGUACUGAUUCCGACGACGACGACAACGAGGAAGCAAUCGAAGAUGACAGUGCAGAUGAAUUCGAGAACAUGCCCAUGCCCAAAUAUAGGGGUGCCCAACAUGAUUCGCGUCAUUCCGAGUCGAUCAACGGAGCAUCUGAGCCGUCUAGGUCAAACAAGGCUUCUGUUCCUAAGAUCGCCCUACUGCCGGAGUCGACUUCACAAACACCGCGCGAUUCUGCAUCUACACCAGCUGAGUCGGCUGUUCCGAAACUCUUAGCUCCUGAAGAGGACGUACUAUCGGAAUCUGACCUCCCAGAUCCUUUCAUUGAGGAUGCACCUUCACCUAUCGAGGCAGAAUGUGAAGAUCGGGCCGAUUACCUCCUUCACAAGCGCUUCAAGCCUUUGUCUGACGUUCAAGCUGCCAUUGCUGCCCUUACCAAAUUCCCUGCUGGCCAACGAAGUACUGCGAACCUGUAUACAUUAGCAGAGAAUGCCCAACACAUCCUUAAAGCCUGGCAAGAUGAGUAUCUCACGUUGGAUGCAAGAACCGCGCCUCAUAUGCACCCAGCUAAAAAGGCUUGCAAUGGUGGGCGCAUUCCCCUGGCACCGGAAAUCUUUGAAGAUAUGAAAGAAGCAGAUCUCUAUGGCUACACAUAUGAUCCAAAGAAACCACCAGGUUGUCAAGAUCCUUGGGCACAGCGACCUGGAGCAGAGAAGGGUGGCCGUAGAGAGCUUCGUACACGUCGUAACCGUGACAUGCUAGAGUCAGCAGCACCCAGCGAAGAUGAAGGGGAAGAAAACGACAUCGAAGGCCGGCCCUCAAAACGACAGCGAAAGGCUACACGCAAGUUUGAUGGCACCGAUACCGGCACAGGUGCCAACACCCCCAAGAAGCACAACGGGUGGGGUGGUGCGCGCAAGAAGGGCGUCAGCAGAUUCGCAAAGCCGAAUUCAGAGACGCCUGAGCCCGAAGCAAGGACAACAAAGCGCGCACGCACUGCAGCUAGUAACUUACUUCACGCACGCAUACAAGAGAUGCGAGAGGAGUCUCUUGUAGGCAGCUCAGGAGAUGAAGAGUCAUCCACAAUCGAUGUUGAUGAUUAUACUGAAGGAGUCCGGAAGCGUGGGCGUCCGGCUGGCAGCAAGAACGUUGCUAGGCGUAGCGAUUACGGCAUAAAGAAGGGACCACGGAAGAAGACCAGCGAAGCCGGGACCCCAACGCCAUCAGCGCAUGGUCCAAAUCCACCACCUCUGGCAUUGAAUUCCAUGAGCGAAGGUCAAGGACAGUUUACAAUUGCGCAGCCUUUUGCAGAGGGCAUACCGUUGAUGCCACAGCAUUCUGCCGAGAAUGUUUUCCAAAGUACCCCUCAGUACUCUGCGCCGACUCAAGAGGCUCCUCUUACGCAUCCAAGCGAGUCUAGUACACCUGAUGCGUACAUGCUCACCGCCCCACUUAGUCAGUACACAAAUAACUAUGUUGACGAGUCUCCACCUAAUCCCGGAUCGAGACGGAAGCCGCGUGUUAAGAGCGAGAAGCGGAGCCAGUCAAUGACCAUGUGGUGGGCAGAGCGUAAAGCAAAGAAGCGAGAACAAGACGAAAAAGAAGGCAAGCCAGUGAAACCCACAUCACGCUCAAACUCUUCUAGUAGAAGAGGUCGACAGUCUGGAGGGUCAGCAACUGGCGCAACACCGCAGCCUCAGUCUCAAAACCCAGAGUCGCAGCAAGCGUCUCCAGUCCAUCAUGCUCAACAUGCUCCUCUCCAACAUAGUCCGCGUCACGCACCCCCGGAAUCAUAUCUGCAGUACACACAGGCUCCUCCCACCUACCCUCCACAGCAGUACAUGUAUGUCAGCGGACCACCGCCCCCACAUCACAUGGGGGUGCAAUACUCGCCCCUAGCCGCUCUCCCAACAGGGUCCUACCCAAGUCCCUUUACCCAUCACAGCGCCCCGCCCCACCCUCAAUCUGGAAUCCCUCUUUCCCAGCCACCAAACUCCGCCGGCGGGUCGUUUGGUGGCGCACCCCGUCAGCUCGCCCCCGCACCAAUGGGCAUGCCAACAUAUCCCAGUCCAUACGGACCCCAGAGCCCAGCCGGCGGACGUCCAAAGAGUAGUGAACAGGGCUUACCAAAGACGGUCACAAAUGGACAACAGGUUCUGGCACCGGCGCCACCUCAGCAGCAACAGCAACCACCACCACCGCCACAGGGCCAACAGCAGCAUUUCAGCCCCUAUGCACCAGCUAAUCUAGGCAGAGAGAUGCCGUUCAAGGUCAUGGUGCCAGGGCCGGCACCAGAGAGGAGGGGGAGUCGCUAG